CUUAACAUUGAGCUCAAGAUAAGACUGACCGGAAGCGAGAAUCGUUUCUUUUCCGGGUUCUCUUUUGUCUCGUGUCGUCGUCGAUGCCAUUCGACUCCCGCGUGUACCUCAAAGAUAAACAGUCGCUGUUGCGUUGCAUUUCAUUGUUCCGACAUGGCGACCGUCAGCCAAAUGCAAGCGUUUCAGACCCAUUUAACUGAGCGCUUUACCAGCUUCGCCAUGGAGGUAUCCCAAGAAGUGGCGCUCAUUGUGAAAGGAUACCAAGAGGAGAUCGACUGUCUGCGGUCCUUACUGAACAAAGAGAUGAACCUUCGGUGGAAUAUAGCCUUAAAAGAUCACAACAGAUUGGCUGUGAGAGAGCAACCACCUGAACCGAACGUUCCCGAGGAGACAGUAGCGGAGCCAAUUCCCAAAAGAUACAAAAUAGAGCAUACCCAGGUAUGGGCUGAUGUGCAAGAAGAGAAGCCAACGGAUGUCUUGCAUCCUGUUGCUAAAACAACUAAAGAGGAACAAACGGAAGUAUUAGUGUCAUCUGCAGUGGGACAAUCUGAGGCAAUGGCUGCUAUGCAACAAACAGGACCGUCAGAGCCAUGUGCAUUUGAAAGAGCUGGUAUACUUGCACACAAUGUGUCAGAGCCAUUGGCAAAUGGACCACAUGAGGAGCAUAUAGAAUACAAUAGGAAUUUGGCACUAAAACAAGAGAGUGGAAUGGACGGUGGCACCGCAAUGGAUUGUCCUAGAAGUGAUCCCAAAGAGCAAGACACGCCUGGACUUCAAACUACAACUUUUGACUUCUACACAGCCAAGGAAUUCACUCAGCCAAGCACUAGUGGGGAAAACACAAAACAAGACCUGCUACAUCCCGAGCGUCCUAUGAUAUCCCUCAAAAAGAUACCUGAAUGUUGUGUGCAGAAGACCAUCCUAGAAUUCCCAAGGAAAAGGCCCGACAAGUCUACAAACGUUACUUCACCACCUCCUCAUACUUUUUUGGCCAAACUCAACCAACGCUCCAAGGAUUGUCCCGAACAGAACCCCCCGAUUUCUAAAAUAGAAGAUAUGGACAUCACUUUCGAUCAUGUUCCUCAAGAUCACCCCAUGUCCUUAAAAGAAGAUUUUACGUAUCACGAUAAUGUUUGCGAGUGGCCGCAGCUUCCCCUGCCACAUCACACCUCAACGUGUGUCGAGCGGGAGAUGGCCGGCAAUCUGGAGCAGACCGCAGAAAAAAAGAAAGAAGCGGGCCGCAAAGUUCAACCGGGACCGUAUCAGCCACAGCCCCUCAUCUUUACCAUGGGCAAAAAAACCUCCAUAUCAUCUCAGCAAGAGGAGGAACUGAGGAGUCAAGCGCUUCGUUUGUAUUGUCGCAACGUGUGUGUCAACUGGAGGCCCUGCGAUUUGGUUUUUGACUUGAAUUUUCCAUGGCUUGGGGCCCGGCCUCAUGGCUUGGUGUACGACCCAAAGCAGGAUCCCUGUUUUGGACUGGUAUAUGUCAGCUGUUCCCCCCUCUGGAGUUUUGCGGAAUGCAAGUUCUUGAGAUUUGAGAAUGAAGAAGUUUGCCUGGAAAACACAGAUGAGCACUACGUGCUCAUCCAGGCACAGAUGAUGGUGACGGGCAUGUCCUGGUGUGACCUGCUGGUGUUCGCCAAGGAGGACGCACUGGUCCAGAGAAUCUUCAGAGACAGAGACUUCAUUGAGAAAAUGAAAGCAAAGGUGGAGGAGUAUUAUUUCGAUCGGUAUUUGCCCCAAUUUUCAAAGUAAGGGCUGAAGUUCUGACAUGCACUGCAAUUUGUUCAUGUUACUGGAAGGUUUUGGCAAUAAUACAUUGUGGUUGUUUGUUCUUUUUUCUCCAUGAAUCUACCCUGAAAAAAAAUCCCCCACUCCCCUAUGCAUGUGUUCUACGUUACUCAGAGCGAUAUAUUAUAUAAAAAGAUGUUAAUUAUAUUGUUCUUAACAAGUGACAGUUUAUAGUUUAUACUGUUUUAAAGUCAGAGAUUUGUAUUUUGAUUCAGUUUGCUGUAUAUAUUGCAAAUGCAUUAAAGGGCGGUGCCCUCUCAA